GGCGCCGCGGGCAUCGGGGCGUUAGGCGACUGCGGCUGCGCGCUCGGCUUGGUUCGCGGCCAGCAAGGCUCCCUCUGCAGGAGCCGGCGACCACCCUCAGCAUGCGGCCUGCGGCGGCGAGCAUGAUGGACCUGGCUUAUGUGUGCGAGUGGGAGAGGUGGCCCAAGACCACCCACUGCCCUUCGGUGCCCCUGGCCUGCGCCUGGUCCUGCCGCAACCUCAUCGCCUUCACCACAGACCUGCGCAGUGAUGACCAGGACCUGACCCGGCUGAUCCACAUCCUGGACACGGAGCACCCGUGGGACGUGCACUCCUUCCCCUCGGAGCACAGCGAGGCCAUCACCUGCCUGGAGUGGGACCAGUCGGGCUCCCGGCUGCUGUCGGCUGACGGCAAUGGUCAGAUCAAGUGCUGGAGCAUGGCGGACCACCUGGCCAACCGCUGGGAGAGCCUGGUGGGCAGCUCGGUGGAGGGCGACCCCAUCGUGGCCCUGUCCUGGCUGCACAACGGCGUGAAGCUGGCGCUGCACGUGGAGAAGUCAGGUGCCUCCAGCUUCGGCGAGAAGUUCUCCCGCGUCAAGUUCUCGCCAUCGCUCACGCUGUUCGGGGGCAAGCCCAUGGAGGGCUGGAUCGCCGUGACCGUCAGCGGCCUGGUCACCGUGUCCCUGCUCAAGCCCAGCGGGCAGGUGCUGACGUCCACCGAGAGCCUGUGCCGGCUGCGUGGCCGCGUGGCCCUGGCCGACAUCGCCUUCACGGGCGGCGGCAACAUCGUGGUGGCCACGGCGGACGGCAGCAGCGCCUCGCCCGUGCAGUUCUACAAGGUGUGCGUGAGCGUGGUGAGCGACAAGUGCCGCAUCGACACGGAGAUCCUGCCCUCGCUGUUCCUGCGCUGCACCGCCGACCCGAGCCGCAAGGACAGGCUGCCCGCCAUCACCCACCUCAAGUUCCUGGCCCGGGACAUGUCGGAGCAGGUGCUCCUGUGCGCGUCCAGCCAGACCAGCAGCAUCGUGGAGUGCUGGUCCCUGCGCAAGGAGGGGCUGCCCGUGAACAACGUCUUCCAGCAGAUCUGCCCUGUCGCUGGUGACAAGCAGCCUAUGAUCCUGAAAUGGCGCAUCCUGUCGGCCACCAACGACCUGGACCGGGUGUCGGCCGUGGCACUGCCUAAGCUGCCCAUCUCGCUCACCAACACCGACCUCAAGGUGGCCAGCGACACCCAGUUCUACCCCGGCCUCGGGCUGGCCUUGGCUUUCCACGAUGGCAGCGUCCACAUAGUCCACCGGCUGUCCCUGCAGACCAUGGCCAUCUUCCACAGCUCUGUGGCCUCACGGCCCGUGGACGAGCCGGCUGUCAAGCGCCCUCGGACCGCAGGCCCGGCCGUCCACUUCAAGGCCAUGCAGCUGUCCUGGGCCUCUCUGGCCCUCGUGGGCAUCGACAACCACGGGAAGCUGAGCAUGCUCCGCAUCUCGCCCUCCAUGGGCCACCCACUGGAUGUGCACUUGGCCCUGCGGCACCUGCUCUUCCUGCUGGAGUACUGCAUGGUGACCGGCUACGACUGGUGGGACAUCCUGCUGCAUGUGCAGCCCGGCAUGGUGCAGAGCCUGGUGGAGAGGCUGCACGAGGAGUACACGCGCCAGAACGCCGCCCUGCAGCAGGUCCUGUCCACCCGGAUCCUGGCCAUGAAGGCCUCGCUGUGCAAGCUGUCGCCCUGCACCGUGGUACGCGUGUGCGACUACCACACCAAGCUCUUCCUCACCGCCGUCAGCUCCACCCUCAAGUCCCUGCUGCGACCACACUUUCUCAACACGCCUGACAAGAGCCCCGGCGACCGGCUCACCGAGAUCUGUGCCAAGGUCACUGACGUCGACAUCGACAAGGUCAUGAUCAACCUCAAAACAGAGGAGUUCGUCCUGGACAUGAACACGCUGCAGGCCCUGCAGCAGCUCCUGCAGUGGGUGGGCGACUUCGUGCUCUACCUACUGGCCAGCCUGCCCAACCAGGGCGCCCCGCUGCGACCCGGCCACAGCUUCCUGCGGGACGGCGCCUCCCUGGGCAUGCUGCGGGAGCUCAUGGUCGUCACCCGCAUCUGGGGCCUGCUGAAGCCCAGCUGCUUGCCCGUGUACGCGGCCACCUCGGACACCCAGGACAGCAUGUCGCUGCUCUUCCGCCUGCUCACCAAGCUCUGGAUCUGCUGCCGCGACGACGGCCCCACCAGCGAGCCGGACGAGGCGCUGGUGGACGAGUGCUGCCUGCUGCCCAGCCAACUGCUCGUGCCCACGCUGGACUGGCUGCCCGCCAGCGACGGCUUGGUCAGCCGCCUGCAGCCCAAGCAGCCCCUGCGCCUGUGCUUCGGCAGGGCGCCCCCCCUGCAGCUCGACGGCCUGGCCCGGACACCAGGCCAGCCCAAGAUCGACCACCUGCGCAGGCUGCACCUGGGGGCCCACCCCACAGAGGAGUGCAAGUCCUGCACCAGGUGUGGCUGCGUCCCCAUGGGAGGUCUGUGGGAUCCCUUCUGGGGGACCAUGGCGUGGAGUGGGUGGAGCCAGGGACAGUGCUCAGCUCCUGCCAGGACGAGAACCAGCUGGCCACCCGGCUGGUCCAGGGAGGGAGAAGCCGCAGAGCAGACGCCCCUGGGGAGCCGACGCCUGCAGAGGCAGAGAGGACCCCUGACCUGGGGCAACAAGACGUUUCUAACGUUGCGUUUUGAAAUGUCUCACGCUCAGAAGGCCGGUGCGUUCCUGGCCCCGGCCCCCCGGCCCCCCAGCCCCAACGCCGUCUUCCUGGUCUUGCACAACCACAGUGAUGGGCACAGCGGGCGUUGCUCGGGCUUGCCCCACUCCAGCCUCUGGAUUUCGGAGGCAAGCUCUCCGGCCCAGGAGUCACAUUGCGACAGUCCCCGUGCUCGCCCUGGGCUGAGUGGACCGGCCGAGGUUCCAGGGCACGUCCCCCAGCACAUCAGACCUGGGCCUGGCGCUGGGUGCCCCUGGGGGAACGUGUCACCCUGGAGGCUCGAGGGCCACAUCCACUGGGACAGCUCGUUGGGACUUGUCAGGGCCCUCCACUGUCGGGACCCUGAAGCCCCUGGCUGGGGAGCACCCUGCCUCCCGACCUUCUGA